CAUACACUGGCCAUCCUUGUUGCAUUACUUUACGAUGGAUUUACAUUAUACAUUAAUGGAAGUAACUAUUUUCUAAAGAUUAGCAACAGUUUUACCUACAUUAUGAAACGUUCGGUAACCGAAGAAAAUGGAGAGACAAAAAGGUCUUUUGUUAAACAAGAAUGUGUCAGUUUUGGAUAUGAAGGUUCCUAUCCUACUUAUACAUCAUCUUCUUCAUCUCCUUCAACUGUCACGCAACCUUUACCUGGACAACCACCAUUACCUCCUAUGCCUCCACCAACUAGUGGAGUUCCACCACCCCCUCACAUAUUUGGACCAGUGCCUUCUCAAGUUACACCAAUUCAAGCAUGGACACAUCCUUCUGCACCAUGGCAAUGGAUAACACCUCAAACAUCACCCUUACCACCUCUACCUCCACGUGAUAUAACCACAAAUUCAUUUCAAAGAGAAAUGCCUCUAAGAGGUAACUAUAUAAGGCGUGAAAGGUUUAGUCACAAUAGAAACAAUAUAUAUAUUCAAAGAAAUAACUUUCAUCGUAAAAAUAGAAGACUUGCACGAUUUGGACAGUCUCAGGGUCAAUUUGAGCAAGCAGCAUAUUUUGGUGCAACAUUAAGUAAUAGUCUUGGUUUGGAAUGGCAAAGAAACAAUUACACUACAUCUACAAACGAUACUAUUUUGAAUCAUAUGCCUGUUCCUCUUCCCAAUCAUGCUCUACCUCCCAUUCCUCCAGGGAUUUUGACAAAUCGACACAACGAAGAAACAUCGGAUCAGGAUGUUAAAAUUAUUUUAGAGGAAGUUGUAGUUAAAAAAAAUAAACAAAGGAAACCUAUGUCCCAAAGUUAUCCUAGUCGACCAUGGAAUCGAGAAGAUGCAGAAAGAGCUUUGAAAAUUGAAAAUGAAUACAACAAAACGGUCAAAGCUCAAAGUUUAAUAAUCAAAUUUCCAGAUCCUGAUUUGAAUAAAGAUAUUGUUAGAGAAUUUCAUCCUGGUAUACAAAAUAUACAUUUUCAAAGUCCUAGUGGCCCUAGAUACUGUUUUAUACAGAUGGCAGAGUCCGUUGAUAUCGAUGAAGCUAUAAAAGAGUUGGAGAAGAUACCUUUUGGGGUAGGUCAUUUAAAAGUUGAAAGAAAAUCCUUAAGAGAUGAAGAUAAUCCAAUGCCUGAAGAAAUAGAUCCUUACACAUUAUAUAUAGGAAAUUUACCAGAAUCUGUUAAUGUUAAUGAAGUAAAAAGUAAGUUUCCAACAGCUGCUCGAGUAGAUGUAGGCUAUGCACAAAAAAUGAGAAACACCCGCUAUGCUUUUAUCAGGUAUAACAGUGUAGAUGAAUCUAUAUCUGCUUAUAAACAAGCACAUGACUUAAUGUGGGAUACCAGAAGUAUUAUUGUCAGGUUUAGAAGGCAGCGCGGUAAUACAUGUCUUCCUGGAGAACCUAAACCAAAUGUUAAAAAAGUUAAAGAGGAACCAAAUAGUAAUUCGCAAGUAAAAAAGGAACAGAAGGCUAAUAAUGCUGAUAAGAAUUUAUCAAAGUUAGAAACUAACGUAGAAAGUAGGUUGCAAGAUAAUCCCAAUAGUACACAAAGUAAAACAUCUCAAAUUCAAGAACAAAGUACGAAUUUGCAAUCUUUUUCUUCUUCCCCUGUACCAACCUCAAUUGCAUCGGUUAAGUCAGCACAAUUACAACAGCAACAGCCAUGGACUGGUCAACCACCUCAAAUACCUUCAGCGUCAGAAGCACCUCCACCUUGUUCGACUGAAAGUGAAUCUCUUACGGAAACAAUAAUGCUUACGGAGAUUAAGGAAGAACCGGAAGAUUAUGAAGAAAUCGAUAUAUCGUGUAAUAUUCGGUCCGAUGAAGAUAUAGAUGAUGACGAUGACGACGACGAUGAAGAAGAAGUAGACGAUGAUUCCGAUGACAAUGACGAUGAUAAUGAAAACGAUUAUGAAGAAGAAGAAGAUGAGGGAGACAUAAAUGAAAAUGAAAAAUUAUCAUUUAAUGAUAAGCAAAAAGAAAUUACAAAAGACAAUGAGCCAUCUGAUCAUCUCGAUCAGAUGUUCAGUGAAUUGGAAAACAUGGCUGGUGAUAUCGCCUUUUAAUAAAUUACCGAGCGUGUAUUACUCCCACAUUGAUUAGUACUCUAUUUUUUCUUGUUUAAUUUUAUUUCAUACGUAAUAUGUAAAUAUUCCUAGUUUUAAA